AUGGCACACGCCGCCUGGUCCCUCCUCAGGCACUCCCACAACUCCGGGGGCACCUGCAGAAGGUACCACUGGCUAUUUAAAGGCUCCUGAGAUGCUUACUAGCACAGUGAGGUAAGUCAGCUUGCAGGUGAGUUAGAAAUAAAGCUGUGACCAAAGUGAGCGGAAAGAAAACCCUCUUGAAAUAUAAAGAUGCCUAAAUUCAUUGUUAACACAAACGUAAGCAAGGAUAAAGUUCCAGAGUCUUUCACAGGGGAGCUCACCCAGCAGUUAUCAAAAGCAAUGGGCAAACCAGCACAGUGUAUAGCAAUACAGAUCUCUCCUGAUCAGGUGAUAUCCUUUGGUGGCUCCACAGACCCCUGUGCUGUGUGCUUUCUCUACAGCAUUGGCAAGAUAGGGGAGCAGGAGAACAAGGUCUACUCCAGAUUGCUUUGUGACCUGCUGAACAAACAACUGAAAAUACCAUCUGACAGAAUUUAUGUCAGCUUCUUCGACAUCAGUGCUGGCAAUGUGGGCUGGAACAACACCACCUUUGCUUGAGGUGCCCUCCGGUGGUAACAGCUUCUUCCUGAACCCUCACCGCAGUUUUUGAGCCCUGCAGCUCUAGCCACGUUAUCCGUAUCUGGCACAAACGCAAACGGCAGCAGUACCUUAGCUGCUGCCACCCACUGCUGUUUUAACAUCUUGUCUGCUGCUUAAAUAAAAG